UCUCUCUAGGGAGAAACACACACAUCUUCAAGUGUUCUUCCUCUCUCUCCGUAUCUCUGUCUUUUUUCUAACUCACUUCUACUUCUUAGCCAGAGGUCCCCUUGCUUUUCUCUAUUAUACUAUUAAAUGGAGAAGCCAACUUGCUUCAGCAACUUCCUUGAGAAUUCAAAACCCUACUUUGCAAUGAUCUCGUUGCAAUUCGGCUACGCUGGAAUGAACAUCAUCACCAAAGUUUCUCUGAACCGAGGAAUGAGCCACUAUGUGCUCGUGGUUUACCGCCACGCCUUUGCCACCGCCGUUAUAGCCCCCUUUGCAUUCUUUUUUGAGAGGAAAGCACAACCAAAGAUAACAUUCCCAGUUUUCAUGCAAAUAUUCAUCCUCGCUCUUCUUGGGCCGGUGAUCGACCAAAACUUUUACUAUGCGGGGUUGAAGUUUACGUCUCCAACAUUCUCUUGUGCCAUGAGCAACAUGCUCCCAGCCAUGACGUUUGUCAUGGCUGUCAUAUGCCGGAUGGAAAAGCUAGACAUGAAGACGGUGAGAUGCCAAGCAAAGGUCGCAGGAACCGUAGUGACAGUGGCUGGGGCCAUGUUGAUGACCUUGUACAAAGGACCCAUUGUUGAGAUGUUGUGGUCUAAACACAUUCAUCCCAAAUCAUCCUAUGUCACCGAUACCACUGGAACCGGCGACAAACACUGGUUCUUAGGCUCCGUACUCCUCACCAUCGCCACUCUUGCCUGGGCUUCUUUGUUUGUAUUGCAAAACAAAGCUUUGAAGACGUACAAGGAUCAUCAGCUGUCUCUGACAUCGCUAGUGUGUUUCAUUGGAACUCUCCAGGCCAUUGCUGUCACCUUUGUGAUGGAGCACAAACCCUCUGUCUGGAAAAUCGGGUUUGACAUGAACCUCCUUGCUGCUGCCUAUGCUGGGAUUGUGACAUCAAGCAUUUCAUACUAUGUACAAGGGAUAGUGAUGAAGAAAAGAGGUCCCGUAUUUGCAACUGCUUUUAGCCCUUUGAUGAUGAUCAUAGUGGCUGUCAUGGGCUCCUUCAUCUUGGCCGAAAAAAUAUUUCUUGGAAGUGUACUGGGAUCGGUGUUAAUUGUGGCCGGCCUAUACUCAGUCCUUUGGGGAAAGCACAAAGAAGGACUGGAGAACAAAGAUGAUGAGAUACCGGAGGCAAUAAAGGGAUCUCAUGUAAACGGCAUGUCGGUGGUGUCAACCAUGGAUGGAGACAUUGAAGCUAAUGAAGUGAAGAAAGCAGAAGCUAACAAGCUCUACUCAGUCGCUAUUUGUAUGCCCAUCUCAGAACUUCCCAUGAAAGCCGGCAAUUAAGGGGACACGGUUUUUUUUUUUUUUUUUGGUCUUUUCAGCUCCUCAUAAGAAUUUGUUUGAGUUUUUAAUAUAAAUUUUAUGGGGUUUUGCUGUUCUGCAUGUUCAGUAUGUACGUAGUUGAUCUCUCAAAUAUUGUUAUGAGCUCCGUCGAGCUAAUUAUGGAAUUAAGAGAAUCUCAGAGCUAAGCGUUUUCUCUCACAAA